UAGCCCGCUGCUCUCGUUUUUUAAACUGUGAUGAUGAAUAGCUUGUCACAUUUUUGGUAUUCCAAGAUUACCCCCUGUCAACCUAACCAAAAAACUCUCCUUCCCACCCUCUCCUCUACCAGCCAUGGCGGCGGGCCGAACAGUGCCGCGCCGGCGCUGCCUCCUCCCGGCCAUCCUCCCUCUCUAGUUCCGCCGCCCUCUCUUGGUUUUGCCUCCCGCCUCUGCUCCCCUUGGCUCCGCCGCCUGCCCCUGCUAGUCACUGCGCCAUUCCCAUUAUCCGGUCGUACUUUUCCAUUCUUGUUAGCUACCUCGCCAUUCCCAUGGCUAGUCCCGGCGGCGCCGCUCUCCAGAGGCACGCGGCCGUGUCCGUGCUUCGCGCAGCGGCGACCGCCGGCAAUCUGUCCGCGGGCAAGGCAGUCCACGCACAGACGGUCAGAGCCGCCCAUUUCGACGUCGUCCUGCACAACCACCUCAUCGCCUUCUACGCCAAGUGCGGCCGCCUGGGCCUUGCCCACCAGGUGUUCGACGCAAUGCCCUCCCGGAACCCGGUGUCCGGGAACCUCCUCAUGUCCGGAUACGCUUCCUCCGGGCAACACGGGGACGCGCUCGCGCUGCUCAGGGCGGCCGACUUCAGCCUCAACGAGUACGUCCUGUCGACCGCCGUGUCCGCGACUGCCCAUGUCCGGAGCUAUGACAUGGGGAGGCAGUGCCAUGUGCACGCUGUCAAGUCCGGGCUGGCGGAGCACCAUUAUGUCUGCAACGCGUUGCUGCAUAUGUACUGCCAGUGUGCUCAUGUGGAGGAUGCGGUGAAGGUGUUCGAGAGUGUGUCCGGCUAUGCGUUCGCAUUCAACUCGAUGAUAAAUGGGUUUCUUGACAAGGGGAAGUUUGAUUGCUCCGUCAGUGUUGUGAGAAGCAUGGUCGGAGAAGUUGAGCAAUGGGAUCAUGUGUCGUAUGUCGCGGUUCUUGGGCAUUGUGCUAGCACCAAAGAGUUGUUGCUUGGUCGUCAAGUGCAUGCCCAGGCAUUGAAGAGGAGGCUCGAGCUAAGUGUGUAUGUGGGCAGCGCGCUGGUUGAUAUGUAUGGGAAAUGUGAGUGUGCAUGUGAUGCUCAUUCGCUCGAGGUUUUGCCAGAAAAGAAUGUUGUUUCUUGGACAGCUGUUAUGACUGCUUAUACCCAAAAUGAGCUGUUUGAAGAGGCAUUGCAGUUGUUCUUGGACUUGAAAAUGGAAGGAGUCCGACCAAAUGAGUUCACUUAUGCCGUGGCUCUCAACAGUUGUGCUGGUCUUGCAGCUCUGAAAAAUGGCAAUGCACUCAGUGCCUCCACUAUGAAAACUGGGCAUUGGGGUGCUCUGUCUGUCUGCAAUGCCCUAAUUAACAUGUACGCAAAAAGUGGCAGCAUAAAUGAUGCAUGGAGAGUCUUCCUCUCUAUGCCAUGGCGUGACGUGGUCUCUUGGAAUUCGAUCAUAAUAGGCUAUGCUCAUCAUGGCCUUGCGAGAGGAGCCAUGUCUGUAUUUCAUGAUAUGUUGUUUGCUGAAGAAGCCCCAUCCUAUGUGACCUUUGUUGGGGUGCUGUCAGCUUGUGCACAGUUGGGACUUGUAGACGGACUGUACUAUUUGAACACUAUGAUGAAGGAAAUGGGAAUAAAACCUGGAAGAGAACAUUACACUUGCAUGGUUGGUUUGCUGUGCAGAGAUGGCCGCCUAGAUGAGGCAGAACACUUCAUAUUGAACAAUUAUAUUGGCACAGACGUUGUUGCAUGGAAAUCACUUUUAGGUUCUUGCCAGGUAUAUAAAAACUAUGGCCUGGGUCAUCGAGUAGCAGAGCAGAUCCUUCAGUUGAAGCCCAAUGAUGUAGGGACCUAUGUUAUGCUUUCUAACAUGUAUGCAAAAGCAAACCGAUGGGAUGGUGUUGUGAAGGUCCGGAAGCUGAUGAGAGAGAGGGGCGUUAGGAAAGAGCCUGGUGUUAGUUGGAUUCAAGUUGGAAGUGAGGUCCAAGUUUUCACAUCAGACGACAAGAAUCACCAAUGGAUAAACCAGAUCACGAGAAAACUGAGAGAGUUGAUAGACCAGAUCAAAGUGAUUGGAUAUGUUCCAAAUUUUGCAGUUGUCCUACACGAUGUUGAGGAUGAACAAAAGGAAGAGCAUCUUAUGUAUCACAGUGAGAAAAUGGCCCUUGCGUUUGGCCUUAUUCACAGCCCUGAAGGAGCAACUAUCCGUAUAAUGAAAAAUCUCAGGAUAUGUGAUGAUUGCCAUGUUGCUAUGAAACUCAUAUCACUUGUGACAAGAAGAAGAAUAGUUGUAAGGGACGCUGUCCGGUUUCAUUUUAUAGAAGAUGGAGUUUGCUCAUGUGAUGACCAUUGGUGAUCCAUACCUUGUUUCUCAGAAGCUCCAGAGCAGAUGUGAUGUUCUGAACAUCAACAUGGAUAGUACUGGAAUCCUACCAGCAGGAACAAACAAUGGUAGCGCUGUAGCAGAUCCAGAUGUUGGCAAAGCAGGGCAGAACGGCGAGACAGAUCUUAACACGCAACACAAGGCACACGAGGGGGGGAUUCAGGAACCCCAUUGCUGAGAACAAAGGAACUAGCACAGGAAAAGAUGAGCCAGUACAGAAGCCAAAUGGCAAGAUAACGGCACAGCAACAACAUCCUCGACGGACUUCUUGCUGGAUCCUCUUAUCAGCAAAUGUGAUCCAUCCCAUAGAUGUCUCAUUGAAAAGAAGUUCAUUGCCUGCUUGAAAGUUUCCGGAGCCUGAUUCAUCAGCUCUAUCCCUUUUGAUGGACAACAAAGGCGUAAACCCACUUGAUGUUAGCAUAACAGCUGCAGAUUAUGUGAUGUUAGCACAAGAUAAGGUUCAUGAACGAGCAUAAUGAGAGUUCCAGACACAGGUGAGCGUUUCUAUCAGCGAAACCAUGAAUGACAUGUUGAUAGUUCUCAAAGUCACAGAAGAAAAAGCCUGUAGAAUCAAUCUUGACACCGCAGUCACAAGGAACACCUUCAGAGUAAUAACCGAGGCGGAGGGUCCAGCAUACCAGAAGCUCGUUCCGGUGGGAUGACAACUGGGGAGACGGCUGGAAUGGUGAGGAGGCGCCGUCGACAUCAUUGAACUCUAUGCCCAGCCUGCCUUUGAAAGGUCUGGCUUCAAGGAGGCCGCGACCAAGGAUGGCUGGAAAGAUUAGCCGGCAAACGGAUUUCUAUAUCAACGCAUAUAUUGUUUUCGUCCUUCUAUAAAAGGGAAUUUUUGUACCUAGCUUUUUUGAUAGAUUUCACGAGGGAAUGUAAUGUGCUGGCAUCACUGAUUUUUUUAAAAAAAAUUGCAGGAGA